AAAUACAAUGAAUAUCGUACGAUGUAAAGUAUCAUCGAAUACCGGGUGGAGUCGUGUAACAUGUUCAGAUACUUCUUUAUUCCUGUUAACACAAGGAUUAGGUCCAUCUAUAUCGCAGUAUACAUUUCGACCAUCCAUUAAAUGUAUUAAAGAAUGGCAUUCGCCUGAGACGUGUACAACAGAGGAAUAUAUUUUCGAUCUUAAAUGGAAACAUAAUUCACUUGCUGUUAUCAUUUACAAUGAACAGAACAAAGAGACACGUCUCGAGUUACGCUCAUCGGCAACACUUCAACGUCUCUGGUCUAUUGGAGUCGGUUCAGCAUUCCGUUGUUGUUUACUCUAUGGUGAUCAGUGGAUGGUAGUAGAUCCACUAAAUAGUCGACUUUUUCAUAUUUCUACCGAUGGAACACUCUUGAAAAACGAUCGAUACUCUCAACGACCAUGGAACGUUAUUCAAUGGGGUAAAUAUGUGAUCGGCAUAAGAACUGCCGAAGGUAUCAAUUUACAUUAA